UCACUGCCUCUUCUCCAAUCACCGGUAAGCCUCGCGCUCCCCGGGUAGGCCUACUCACCAACCUACUGUCUCACAUUUUGAUACAUCACUCCGGAGCUAUUACCUCUCAUCAACCCAACUCGAUUUUUCCUUGCUAUCCGAAGAUGAGAGUGUACAUCGCGGUGCCCUCUGCAUGCUUUACCUCCUAACUCGGGCUCAAGACCCGCAGCUGGGACCAGAGAGAGAGUAACCUCUCUCUUCUCUCAUCAUCACUCGCUUGGUGCUCUACGGACACGGGGAGCGAGCCGACAGUCGACCACAAUAAUUGUACCGUAUUUGUGUAUCAUUUCUCUUUCUCGUCCUCAUCCUGUCUUUCACGCUGGGCACAGACAGGGAAGGAGAGAAGAACAAGGCUUCGCAAUCCCUAUUUCUACCGUGGAAAUACAUUUGGUGGGGUUUUGUGCCCUGUCCGUAUUUGGUGAACCCUGGAUUUAGUGAACAUGGAGACGGUGGAGAAGGAGUGCGGGGCGUUAGGUGGACUAUUCCAGGCGAUUGUCAAUGAUAUGAAGUGUUCAUACCCAGUGUGGGAAGACUUCAGUGCCAAGGCCACCAAACUGCACUCCCAGCUCAGGACCACAGUGCUGGCAGCUGUGGCCUUCCUGGAUGCCUUUCAGAAGGUGGCGGACAUGGCCACCAACACCAGAGGCGCCACCAGAGACAUUGGAUCAGCUCUUACCAGGAUGUGCAUGCGGCAUCGCAGCAUCGAGGCCAAACUGCGCCAUUUCACCAAUGCUCUGAUGGAGAGCUUGAUCACUCCUCUCCAGGACAGGAUUGAGGAUUGGAAGAAGACCGCCAACCAGCUGGACAAGGACCAUGCCAAAGAGUACAAGAGAUCUCGCCAUGAGAUCAAGAAGAAGUCCUCAGACACCAUGAAACUGCAGAAGAAGGCCCGGAAAGGCCGAGGGGACCUGCAGCCCCAGCUGGAUAGUGCCAUGCAUGAUGUGAAUGACAUGUACCUGCUGAUGGAGGAGACAGAGAAGCAGGCGGUGCGCAGAGCUCUGGUGGAGGAGAGGGGACGCUUCUGCACCUUCAUCGGCUUCCUGCAGCCUGUAGUGAAUGGAGAGAUUGCCAUGCUGGGAGAGAUCACUCACCUUCAGGCCAUUAUUGAUGACCUCACUGUGCUGACCACUGAUCCCCACAAACUGCCCCCCGCCAGCGAGCAGGUGAUCAAAGACCUGAAGGGUUCAGACUACAGCUGGUCCUACCAGACCCCUCCCUCCUCCCCCAGCAGUUCUGGCUCCAGGAAGAGCAGCAUGUGCAGCAGUGUGAACAGCGCCCACAGUAGCGCCUCCCGCUCCUCCGGAGGCUCUCAGACUCACUCACCCAGUUCGUCCUAUCGCUACCGCAGCCUGGCCCACCCGCCACCGGGGAACGCUCACCGCCUCAGCAGCGUCUCUUCCCACGACUCAGGCUUCAUAUCGCAGGACGCCAACGUCUACUCCAAGCCUCCCUCGCCCAUGCCCUCUGACAUCACCAGCCAGAAGUCGUCAAGCUCUGCAUCCUCAGAGGCAUCCGAGACCUGCCAGUCAGUCAGUGAGUGCAGCUCUCCCACAACGUUUGGCUCGUCCUUCGCUACCUUCCGCCCUGCUCUCUCUCACACUGGCUCCAUCAGGCCUCUCUCUGUCAUACUUCCUGCGUCCCCACCCUAUAACUACUCCCCUGGAUCCAACACUACCUCUCCCACAUCAAAGGUCCCUUGCUGGAAGGAUUGGUCCAAGGCAGGUUCUUAUGAGCAGCCAUUGGCUGCCACGCUUCAGCGGAGGAAGGAGCCCCUGGAUAGGCUGAAGGAGAGCGAGGCAUCCCCGGGCUCCCAGGGAUAUGCUGGUGCUCACCCAGACGAUGUCCAGAGGUCCCGAAUGACCCCCGCCACCAUCGCUGCCAAGCACGGCGAAGAGGUGUCUCCAGCAGCCAGUGACCUGGCCAUGGUCCUGACCCGUGGUCUCAGCAUGGAGCAGCAGAAGAGCAACAGGGACUCCCUGCAGUACUCUAGUGGCUACAGCACCCAGACCACCACGCCCUCCUGCUCCGAGGACACUAUCCCCUCUCAGGGGUCGGAUUAUGACUGCUACUCUGUGAAUGGAGAUGCUGAAGGUGAGGCGUCAACUGACUUUGACAAGUCCUCCACCAUCCCCCGCCACAGCAACAUCGGCCAGAACUACCGACGCAUGAUCCAGACCAAGAGGCCGGCCAGCACCGCUGGUCUGCCCAGUGGGGCCCAGGGCGGAGUGCUUGGAGGGGGAGGGGGCAUUGGGACCCCUGGGACUGCCACCAUCCGCCGAACCCCAUCCACCAAGCCGGGUGUGAGACGUACCCUGUCCAACGCGGGCCCCAUCCCCAUCCGCCCCCCCAUAGUGCCAGUGAAGACACCCACUGUGCCUGAUGCUCCUGGGGGGUACCCCGGGCCUCCGGUACGUGUGGGCAGUGAGGAGUGUGUGUUCUACGUGGCGGAUGACUCCUCCCCCAACACGUUGGAGUAUGUGAAGGCCUCUCCCAAGCGUCUGAGCCUGCCCAACACAGCGUGGGGGUCUGGGGGAGCGAUGGAGAUGAGUGUGUAUGUCCAGCACGGCUCUGAGGAGGACCAGAUGAUAGCCGCUAACCGCCACAGCCUGGUGGAGAAGAUAGGAGAGCUGGUGGCCAGUGCCCAUGCCCUUGGGGAGGGACAGUUCCCCUUCCCCAACCUCCCUGAUGAACCCCCGCCUGGCCCAGCCCCCCAGCACGACCCCCAGGCCCCCGGGUCAGGCACCGACGUGCUGGUGUCCAUCCGCAGGGGCGUGCGGCUCCGCAAGACCGUCUCCAACGACAGGUCUGCGCCCAGGAUUUUGUGAUGGCGCACAACGGAGCGGAGGGAGCGCAGCCUGCACCCACCGAGGUGCCCCAACCACUACAUACAGUACUGACUCUGUAGUAAAGAAGUAAAUAUGACAACAGAAGAUUACAAAAAAAAAGUUGAAUUAGAAGUAAAUGAUAAAUAACAAUAAUAAGGCUGAUAAUGAAAAAGUAAAUAAUGAAUAAUAAUGACAGGCUCUGGCCACUAUAACUCUAUCGUGUCUCUGGGCGCAUGUUUGUUUAAUUAGCACCACCAUCACCACGGGAUCCUCAGACUGUAUAUAGAGACUCUGUCUGGACUGGACUGACUGCUGUGAGAGAGAGGGACUGUUUAUAGGGACCUGGACUUCCAGCCACCCUCUCCACCUCCUCCCACAUCCCCCCACUCCUCACCCAACCUCUUACACCCCCCCAUUCUAGAGUAAAGCAGAGGGAAGCAGGUGGCAGAGAGACAGGUGAAAAGUGGGGUCAAUCGCUCCCUCUCACUUUGGCUCAGGUCACAAGGCUCUGACGACGCACUGUUAGCUUUAAACCAUGGCCAACAGUGUGCGUGUGUGCGCGUGUGUGCGUGUAAGAGGUGGGCAGAGUUCUGCUGCAGGUCAGCUGGUUGUAUUUGAGAGUGGGGCUUCUCUCCUCUGUGUCGUUUUGUUGUUACCCUCACACUGGGCACACACUGGCUAAAUCAACGUUGUUUCCACGUAAUUUGAAUGAAAUUACAUCGCACCAACGUGGAACAGACGUUGAAUUGACGUCUGUGCCCAGUGGACUGUUUUUAUUGCGACAUUUGAUUUCCUGUUACCACUGUAUGAGAAACGACAAAAUGAAGCCAGGCGUAUAUAUUUUCUAAAUCCAGAGAGAACAUGUGAAUAGGAAAUGGAGCAAUAAAUGUGUUUUAUUUUCUGCUUCUGCUGAGUGGAGGAGAAACAGAAGCUGUUAUCUUAGGUUUGGGUUCUCUUUUUUAACUUGCAGGCAAUCAUCAGGCAUGCUCAAGUACACAUGACAGUUGCUGUCUAACUUUGGCCCUGGACUUUUCUCACGUCCUUGCCUGAUGUGUUAAAAAAAAAAAACACACAAAAAAAACCAUGGAAAACUGAAGCACUUUGAAGGUUAAUUUCUAGUGUGACCACUAGGGGUCAGUGUGGUCACACUCUGUGAUGAGACGAGGGUGCUGGGGGAGUGAGACAGUGGGUUGCCAUGCGGUGUGCUGAAUGCGUGCCACGGACCAGUGAGCGAAGCAGUUCAGUUGGGGAGAGAAAAGGAUGAUCGAAAAAGGAAGUGAUAAAGAAAGGUGGGAAAUGGGAACGGAAGGAUACUGGAUUGGGGGAAUGGUUAUGUACAAUGGGUCCGUGCUGAAAAAUGUUGAAUUCCAAAAACUGAUUUAUAAUGUAGAUCAAAAACAUUUAUGUAAAGAGGGGGAUGGUAAGCUGCUGUACUUGUCAUCACAUGCUGUGAGUCUCAAACAUGAGAUCCAUAGCUAAUUUGAACCUUGUGCAGCCUUACGCAGGAGCUGGCUUUGCUAAGGACAUUCGAAUGAAAUAGUGAAUAUAGCCAGGGAGAAACAGUGAGGAUGAUGUAAGGGGUUGCCAGAUUGGGAGGAAGAAGGGAGGUAUUUAUGUUUACAGAGUUAGCUGGAAGAGAGUUGAUGCAGCGAAGAGAGAUGGAAUGAGUAUUUCACUGCCUGUUCAUACAGUAAGCUCGAGUUAAGAGUCAGACGCACAGGAGUAAGUCAAGACUAGAAACUGUAUGAAAAUAGAGUAACCUUUCAUAAAAUUACGUUGCCAUAUUUUUUUGCAAUAACGUUAUGCUGUAGUCUUGCUUUUAUCAAUAAAAAAAAUCUAUAAUAAUAAUCUCCAGAGAACAGUAUAUCACAGUGACAUAGGUUCUGAGCAGGCAGAGAGAGCAUUAUUCUGACUGUUGUACUGUAGGGUAGUGAUGAACUUCAUGGGUUAGUCCAAUGCUCCCUAGCAGUGACUGUUGAUGUCCUCCCCUUGACAACAAUGGCCAUUACAAAAUGUAUCUAAAUGCUUUAAUUAUUUAUUUCGCCUAAAUAGAGCACUGUUUUAGAAAUGCCUGUGGCUGGAUCUGCUUUGAGAAGGUGAGAGAAACACCUGCUGUUGUCGAAUAUCGCUCAUCUGCCGGGAGAGAACUUUUCUCAUUAAACUCAGAAAUAGUAGUUCUGUGAGGGGCUGAAAAGGGUGUGUGUGGGAGUAGGUGAGUGUUUGUGUGACACGGCAGGGCGGGGUGGGGUGGGGCGGAGGAAGGGGAGGGACCAGCAGUGUGGGUGGAAGUGGCCAGCAGCCCAGGGUGGAAGUGACCUCCCCUGCCACAGUGCAUUCUGGACCAGAGGAUGCUCAUCCAGAGAAUUUCUGCAAAGCACAGGUCAGAACGAUGUAUAUGUGUAUAUAUAUACAUGCAUAUACUGUAUAAGAAGGUGAACACUUAAUUGUGCAAGUCAAAUCGCUAGAAGUUUUAAAAAGGAGUUUAACUCGACAUUAUUUCGCAUUACCGAAUUAAAAAAGGCAAAUGUCAAAUGUACAGUGUAUGACAGCAAUAUGGGAGUGUGUUUAUUAGCCAAUUUAACAAUACAACUUCUUAUCUAACAAAAAGGUAAACAUGUUUACUGUCUUUUUAAAAUGUGCAGAUGUAACUCUGGCAAUUAUUCUGUUCCGAUUUCUUGUCAUGCUCGGAUUACUCUGCUUCAUUCUGAUUGUGUGCGAUGCUCCUUACCGUUCCCGAGACCCCAACUAUGUAACCGUCACUUCUAUCGGAGCAUUAGAGUGAGAGAAAGACAGGAUGUGGCACAGAGACAAAACAGGGUGAGUGAGACAGGGCUGUUGGCGAGUGUGUGUUAGGCUGAGACUGAGAGGACCCCUACAGGGGAAACUACAGGGAUGUCAGUCUCAGUUGUGUCUCUCUGUCUGGGAUGAGGUGACACUCUCCCAAGACCCCAUGGUGGAUGACUAGCAGUCACCUCACUCCCUCACACUCCCACAGCUGGGCUGUCUCUGGGUCCAGACUCUCUUUCCCUCUUUCCUCACUAUCACUUGGUUCUCCACAUCCUCCCGCUGGGCACAGACGUCAGUCUAGUUUUGAUUUACAUUUGGUUGAGUUGUCAUCUAACAAGAAUUCAAUAUGAAACCCCCCCCAAAAAAAUAUUGCAAUGUCAUUGGAUUAGGGUUGGAAGUUGGGUGAAAACAAGACAGAAGGCACUUGCGUUGAUGACUUCUUGCAGAUUCAAUUAGUUUUCCGCGUCGAUUAAACGUCAUCGCUUAGAUUGAAAUGGGUUGAAAUGACGUGGAAACAACGUUGAUUCAACUAGAUUUUGCCCAGUGGGCUACCCCCCUACUUAUACUCAAUGAAUGAACCUGUUGCUUUUAAACCUCUUAUCCACCCAUCCACCACAACCCCAACUCCAACUAGCAACUCACUCCAUAGGCUGCCUCAGCAUCAGCUCUUAAGCCAGAGCCAAAUCCAAACCCCCAGUGGGACUUUGACUGAAGCACUUUCCCACUGGGUGCUAAUGCAAAGGACAGGGGAUAACCGUGUGGUCACAAUUAAAAGCUAGCUUCACAUUUGAAAGAACAACACUUCCUUGAGAACAAGAUGUGAUGUCUCAUGCUGGCUGGAUUAUAGCUCAUGAAAUCAUUUUAAUUAAGCCUUAACUUCACUCUAAGUGAGUGUUAAUUUGCGAUAAGUGCCCAUUUGACUUAUGUCGCUGUCAAACCGGGAGAGUUGUUUUUUUUUUGUCUGUGUAUCCUGUGGUGCUAGCCACGGCUAGCGUGUCCAUGGCGUUAGUGCUGCCGUUGUGGGGAAUGGAGCAAACGGGUUAAUGGGAGUGUUUAAGCGUAAUAUGCUCUUCUCUUCAUAUUGAGAGAAGGUGACACAGUGCUGUGUAGAGAUGUAUUUGUCGCGUCUUUGUCUCUGCCGGAGAGCCUCGGUCGCAAAUUCCACUUAUUUAAAUAGCCUUUUGAAUACACUUACACGGAUCUCUUUCACAAUCUCAAUAGAGGAAAUGUGCUUUCAUUGCCUUUUGAGUUUCACUGUGUGCGAUUUAAUACCUUUCCCCCCGCUAAGCUAUGUAGAAAUAACAAUGGAAGUCAUUCAUAAUGUAGGAUACAGGAUAUGUAACAGGAGUCUAUGGGUCUCAUUGGUCUCCCAUGAUGCCUUGCCUAACACCCUUAGUCCUGGAUAAGAGCUUGGUUAAUCAGCCUUAUAUUACUGUUAAGAACGUUUAGAAAGAGUGCAUGACUGUCAGGAAAACCUCUGGAUUAUAGUCAUUCUGGCCAACAUAGACCGUAACACUGUAUGCCUUUAUAGUUUUUAGGCUGGUGUUAAUGUGCCACCAGUAGACACAUAGCCGCACUGUGACCUUGCAAAUCGCUUUGCGCCGUUAGAAGGUGGCCAAACAGCCCGAAACCCUUUUCCUUGAAUUAGCUUAUAAUUAACUAUGCUCAAGCAUAUGUGAGGGCAGAGACGGAGUCAGGCUGGGCAGCGACGGGGUGUAGGUCCUGUAUGGAGAUUAUACUGUACGUGGUCUAGGAGUAGUUCGUUUACAUGGUCUACAGGCGUUGCGUCGGUGUGUCUUCGUGCUCGUGAAGUCUGCCCUGGCGUAGGUUGAGGAUCUCUGACACUGAUGGAGAAACAGAGACUCUCGACACAAGGUGGCUUCACGCCCACUCUCCCACCCACACACAGCCUGUCCCCCGUCUAUUUAAAAAGGCCAAUAAAGUCACCCCACAACGAUGUCACCAUCCGUUAACUCAACGCUGUCAGCUCCUGAGAUGUAGUCAGGCAGGGAGGAGGUGACUUCCAGGUGCCAUGGUAACAGACCUGAAUGUCUUAUCACUUGUGGAUUCUCUGUGGUUAACUUCUCUCUUUUCCCCCUUCCUCUUCCCAAAGCCCAAUCCAAUAUGAAAGCUAAAUCACUGCGUCUAUGAACUUGACCGUCGCCACCGUUUUGAACAAAGUCCUUAUUUUCAUUACAGUAUUGUGAAGAGAUAUGAUGUGUGCAUAUGUUUUUGUACAAAAAAAAACCUCCCUCCAACGGAGUCACGUAACGCUACAGGUGCUGUUGUCUGUCUUCUACUUUCUCUCCUUCUCUUCUUCUUUAAUUUAUUGUGCCCUGUUUUUCCAAGGCUGUUUUGCCUCUGUUGCUGAUGACAAGUUGUUCUUUUUGUAAUAUUAAUCCUUUUCAUUUUUGUUAACUUUAGUCACUGCUAAUGUAACAAAACGCACUGUGAUGAUUCCAGUAUUAAUAAAAGUUGUACUUAAACUGUG